AGAGAGGGAGAGCUAUUUACUUGUUAGUCAGCAUCAUACAUGAAGUUACAGGAAGACAUCAUUAACUGAAGACUGGUGCAGCUGAGCUACAGGGAUUUAUUUGCCCUUUCCGUGAAGAAGAAGAGAAACAGCUCUUGGAUAUCUGGAUACUGCUCUCGGUGUUGGACCUGAUUUUUUUUUCUCAACACAAAAUAAUAAUGAAGAUGUCAGCUUCAACUGGGGGCCAACAUCUGUAGUUUCUGUAGGAUCACACACUAACAUCUGCUUCAUCUGGAGUUCAGUUUCAGCCUUUAUUUCCAUAAUCCAUACAUUGUGGAAUUUUCUUUAUAAUUCUGUAAAUAUUGUAAAGCUUCAUACCCAAACACACGCUUUUUUCUAUUUACUGACACACAUACUGCCAGAAUGUGGUCUUGUAUUAAAGACUUCUUCACCUAUGAAACCACCAAGUCAGUGGUAGUGAAGAGCUGGACCAUCGGCAUCAUCAACCGCGUCGUCCAACUCCUCAUCAUCACUUACUUCAUUGGGUGGGUGUUUGUCAAUGAAAAGGCCUACCAGGUGAGAGACACAGCUAUUGAAUCCUCAGUGAUGACCAAGGUCAAAGGUUUUGGAAUCUACAAUAACAAGGUCAUGGAUGUUGCCGACUACGUCACUCCCACACAGGGAGCUUCAGUCUUCUGCAUCAUCACCAAAAUGAUCACAACAGAGAACCAAGUCCAAGGAUACUGUCCUGAGAGUGAGAAGAAGUAUAUUUGUACCAAGCAAAGUGACUGCACAAGGCUUCUCAACAAGCCAGGAAGUUAUGGAAUCCUGACAGGGAACUGUGUUCCUUUCAACGCCACCAUCAAAAUGUGUGAGAUAAAAGGAUGGUGUCCUGCCGAGAUCGACACCAUCAAGACUACGCCAAUGAUGGAAGUGGAGAAUUUCACCAUUUUCAUUAAGAACAGCAUCCGCUUUCCAACCUUCAACUAUACCAAGGGGAACUUCCUUCCCACCAUCACUGAUGAUUACAUCAAAAAAUGUAACUUUGACAAGGUCAACAACACCUACUGCCCCAUCUUCAGAGUCGGAGACGUGGUCCGCUACGCACAGCAGAACUUCACUAAACUGGCAGACAAGGGAGGAGUGAUUGGAAUAAAGAUCGGCUGGGUAUGUGAUCUGGACAAGCCCGAUGACCAGUGUAACCCCUCGUACUCAUUCACCCGCCUGGAUGCCAUGUCACAGAAGAACGCUGUCUCGCCAGGCUACAAUUUCAGGUUUGCCAAAUACUUUAAGAUGGAGAAUGGCACAGACUACCGCACUCUUGUCAAAGCCUAUGCCAUCAGGUUUGAUGUUCUGGUCAAUGGAAAUGCAGGGAAGUUCAACAUGAUCCCUACACUUAUCAACAUGGUGGCAGCCUUCACAUCAGUGGGAGUGGGUACAGUGUUGUGUGACAUCAUACUGCUGAACUUCCUGAAAGGAGCGGAGCAGUACAAGGCCAAGAAAUUUGAAGAGGUGUCAGACAACCCGCUGGAUUCCCCAAGCAGUGGGUUGUACCGCUCCCAGCUGUCACUACGACAUAACGAAACCAUCAUGAGGUCCAGUGACUCGGGGGCAUUUUCUAUUGAACAUUACAGCUAAAUGGACAGGAGCAUCAGCCAAUGGUUUGGGAGGAGUGGACUGAGGAUGACAGAUGUGGGUUGGAUUUCUCUAAAAAUGUUAAAAGUUUUAUCGAUUUCAAAAAUGCAGGUCUUUCACUCUUUUUUUUAAUACCUCAACAUUAUCAAUUUGUUUAUGUCAAUGUCAAAAAAAAUCUGAAGAUCCUUGAAUCGCUGCUAUGUAAUCCUUAAAUUCACAGAACAGCUGCGGUCAAUGACAAACAGUUAUAUCUAAAAUAAAAGUAUCUUUGCAUGGCGACACUUUUGGCAUGUGACGUUGGCUCAGGAUUUACCAGGCAAGAAGAAAACAUUGGAAUUAAACCUGAAAAAGAUUUCAGCUGAGUCUGAGCUCUCUGUACUUGUUUUGUACCUUGCCUUGAAACUACUAUAAUGCACUACAACUGAUGACGGCCUUUGUGAAUUGAAUCACUUGCUUGGCCUUCUUUAAUAGCUCUAUUGUGGUUUCUAUUCUAACAGUUUUACUCUGUGUAAUGGAGCUGAAUCGUGGUUUGGUUUGAUAAAAGUAGCCAUUUUGUCUCUGAUGAUAACAAGCUGGAUAAAGCCACAGCAGUCAUGGCGAGCAUGCUAUUUCUUAUGUAUGUUUGUGUGUCCUUUUGUGUUGGAUAUAUGUGCAUGGCUCUUCACAUUCAAGCAAAUUUUUACCCUUAAAAGUCCAGUGUGUUAGGGGGAUA